GGCGGGAGUGCGGGGGCGCGUGUGGCCGGGAGUCCUCCAGUCUCGCGGCUCCUGGUCGCUGCAGCCGCUGCCGCGAUGCUGAUGAAGGGACGCUUCCCCAUCCGCCGGACCCUGCAGUACCUGAACCAGGGCGAAGUCGUGUUUAAGAGCUCGGUCAAGGUCAUGACCGUGAAUUACAACACCCAUGGGGAGCUGAGCGAGGGAGCCAGGAAAUUUGUGUUUUUCAACAUUCCUCAGAUUCAGUACAAAAACCCUUGGGUGCAGAUCAUGAUGUUCAAGAACAUGACGCCAUCACCAUUUCUACGGUUUUAUUUAGAUUCUGGUGAACAGGUCCUGGUGGACGUGGAGGACAAGAGCAACAAAGAGAUCGUCCAGCACAUCAAAAAGAUCCUGGGGAAGAAUGAGGAAGUCCUCAAGAUGGAGGAGCUAGAGAAAAAGAAGCUUUUUCACCCAGCUAACUUUGGACCCAAAAAAUACUGCCUGCGGGAAUGUAUGUGUGAGGUGGAAGGACAGGUCCCCUGCCCAGCCAUCGUGCCUUUGCCCAAAGAAAUGACUGGCAAGUACAAAGCUGCUCUGAAAGCCGGUGCUCAAGACUGAGGGCCCACAGCGGAGGCUGCUGAUGCCUGGGACGUCCGAGCCUAGGCUGAACGCCAAAGGCCUUAUAGACCGAGUGACGGAGAGACAGGGACUCACGUGGGCCCAGCAGCUGGUGAGCUCCCAGGCCUCUCUCCAGAGCCCAGGAAAGCCCAAGCCACCUCCGAUUCAAAAAGGCCCCUUUUAGACACAAGCACAAGGGUAGAGAAGCAAGAAGACGAAGCAAGGCUGGGGGAUUUAAGUGCAAAGACUUGGUUUGCUAAUAAAACAAUUUAUAUUGACGGGAUAAAUGUGAUUUCCUAGUUCCAGAAGACAAGGGGACAUUUAUGUAAGAAAUGUUUUACUGAGUAGUGAAAAUGACGGGACUGCCUGGAGUCAGUAUCCUUGUAUCUUGCCUGUCUGUAAGCCUCUCUCACCAAAGUCUUAUUUCCUUCUCCCACUGCCAUAUUCUAGUCUUUAUAACCACAGUGCGCCUAGUUUUAAGGGCUGCAAGAGGAGCUACAAGCCCAAGUAAUGCGGGGUUUCAGCAUUUAUGGGACAGUGGCAUAAAGAGUCUUCAAAGUCCUCAUGAAAUUAAAAAAUUUUAAUUGCAGGGUUGUAGGGAUGAUAAUCUAAUAUCAGCAUUUCAAGGUAAAUUCAGUUUUCUCAUCAGGGUGGAUUUAAACUUGGGGUCAGUAGCAAUCUGUCACAUGCUGUUAAAUCUAUUGGACGCAACUGUGUGGAGACGGGUCCUAAACUGUUAUCAGUUUGCUUUUAAAAGAAGUUGGAGUACUCCUGUGCUCUAAGGCGGUAAAACCUAGAAAUAUGUAAUAAAGACUUGAUGAUUA